GUUUUAUGAAGUUUUGCACAAAUCUGAGGAUCUUUUGAAGGCGUCCGUCAUGAAUCCUAUGUGGAAAGUCUAUAAGAGUAAGGUCAUGAAGACCCUCAACCCGGACAUGGAGGAAGACACGGUGGAAGAGGUCCCUGAUGUUGCUGAAGAUAUGACGCCUGUCCAGUCUGAUGAAGGACCCGGUGCAAUGACACAGCUGGCCAAGAGAAUGCAGGGAGCCGGAGCUAAAGGUUGGAAAAGUGUUUCAUCUCUGUUCACCAAGGAGGAUGAACACCAGCUUCUGGAGGCAGACAACCAGCCGGCAGCUGAUCAUCCAUUGGCAGUGAAGCCCGAAGAGCCUCCACAACCCAACAAGCGCAGCACUGGAUUCUGGGACAGCUUUGCGACUAAGUGGCACCAAGAAGCUGCAAUGAGGCAAGCGGAGGCAGGAGGCGACGGCGGUCAGGAGGUGGGCAAUGAAAGCGGAGCGAGAGCAGAAGAUGGUGACAACCAGGCCGAGGCGGGCGACAGCGGCACUGGAAACAGCUUCUCCAAAUACGCCACACUGGGAGAAGGGAGUGACGACACACCGGCCUUCAAGUGGAACUUUGUCACCAGCAAACUAGCUGAGCUGAAGACCAAAAGCAUGGCCAAGAGUAACUAGCCAACAGUGAGAUCGGUGAUCCCAGUUCAGACCACAGGGGCCACAGUGCUUCUCAUCAGCCUUAUCACUCAGAUGUACAGCGAUCGCAUUUCACCAAACCCAUUUAAAAGCAUCGACCGUGACCCACACUGUGGCCUCUGUGGGCCUGGACUGCUUGGUAUUCAUGUGGGAGCUGCUGGUGAUGAGAAACGUCUGUCCAUUACUGAAUCAUUCUCUGUGCAAUUCCAUUUGGUGCAGAAGAAAUUGCACAUUUCGUAUGCACUAAAAAAUAUCAAUGAAUUAGAUAAAAGUUUUAAUAUAUCUUGAGGAAAAAAAAGUUAUAGGCCAUGAAUAUGUUAUAAAUUUAGAUAUAAUAUAAAGUGAAGUUUAUUUAAAAAUACCAACUAUUUUCUUUUCCUCUUGUAAAAUAGUUUCCUUACAAAGAAUGUAUACCACCUAGAAACUUUAAUGAUAAAAUAAUAAAUUAUCAACUGAAUGUGGAUAAGCAGAAAUUACACAGUUGACUUAAAAAAAAAAAAAAAAUACGGGAAAAAAAUCAGGGAAUGAAGUAUUAAUAUCCGAGUUGAAAUAUCAUGCAGAUUUACAGUACAUACAGUUUAUUAUUUGUCAUAAUGAUGGGAAUACAUUUAUUAUUUACAUUGAUUUUCUGUCAUCAGGUAUAAAUCAAUUGCUUACAAGUAAUUGAAGAUUAAGUGCAAUAAUAAUUAGCAAAGUAAACACUGAGAUUAAAUGUGGUCUGAAAACUCCAGGGGAACAUUCUCACCAAGAAAAACGUAGUAUGAAUCAGAUGAACGAUUUUGCUAUUUUAUAUAGUGUAUAUCAUGUGCAGUACUUUUUAUGUAUUGUAUAUUUAGAAAUGCAAUUGAUAAAUGUGAGGAAUGUUUAAUUUACUCAUUUGAAGAAUAUGAGUCUGGUGUAGUUCUCAUGUGGUGUGCUGUGCAAUCCUUACACAUGGUUUUGUCUCUCAAGUCUAAUGUAAGUGUUUACGUCUUGUCCGCUGUCCUUGAGUCUCUCUCAUUGAAUUAUGGAUUUUCCUGCUUUGAUGUUUUAUGAUUUUAUGAUAUAAUAAAGUUAUGGUGCAGAAA